GUUACCAUGGAAUUUGUGGAGACUGUGCUGAAACGCAAAUUGAGUCUCAGCGAUCGGUUGGAAUUCCUUAAUCUAUGGUAUUUGAUGAUUGUGACUAAUGAUAUUUUCAUAAUAUUGGGCACAUUAUGCAAAAUUACCAUUGAAUUUAGGGAUUUUGAUAAUGAUUUAUUUACAACUUCUGGUGUACUGCUUGGCACUGGCGCUCUUCUGGUAUACGGUGGCGUUCUGCGUUAUUUCGGCUUCUUUUCAAAAUAUAAUAUUUUUAACUUUUUUUUCAGUUUUAUAGUUUUUUUUGGAGUCUUUUGCCCAAUUCAUUUUUUCCUCUUUCAGAUAUUAAUUUUGACGCUGAAGAAAUCACUCCCAAAUAUUCUUCGUUUUAUGUCCUGCACGGCAGUACUGUACGCUGGUUUUCUGAUUGCUGGUUGGAUAUUAAUUUUGACGCUGAAGAAAUCUCUCCCAAAUAUUCUUCGUUUUAUGUCCUGCACAGCAGUACUGUACGCUGGAUUUCUGAUUGCUGGUUGGUUUCGUACGUUGGGACAAUCAUCAGAAGCGUUGUUUUCGCUAUUGAAUGGUGAUGAUAUGUUUGCGACAUUCUUUACAAUUAAUGAAACGAAUACAAUCGUUCGAAUAUUUGGCACAAUCUAUAUCUAUCUGUUUGUUUCACUGUUCAUUUAUGUUGUCCUCUCACUAUUCAUUGCGAUUAUUAUGGAUGCUUAUGAAGUAAUCCGGGAUCGUUAUCGAAGUCAAGAAAUUGAGGAGCCAUCGUUAUUGCAAUUUUUGGCCGCUGGUCAACAUCCGGACCCAACGAAUGAUGCGGAAGCAAGAUUUCAAUAUUCUUCAAAAAAUUUGCUCAGACUAGGAAAGUAA